UUGUUUGAGUUAUUGCCAGAAGUUGGCGAUAUUGAUAAACCCAAACUGGUAUUUUUCUUUGAUGAGGCGCAUUUGCUGUUUACCGAUGCCCCUCAGGUACUGAUGGAGCGCAUCGAACUCGUAGUACGCUUGGUGCGCAGCAAAGGCGUAGGGGUAUAUUUUGUGACGCAAAACCCUCUGGAUGUGCCAGAUAGCGUAUUGGCACAGCUGGGCAACCGUGUGCAGCACGCCCUGCGCGCUUAUACGCCUCGCGACCAAAAAGCUGUGAAAACCGCCGCCAGCACCAUGCGCCCCAAUCCAGGCUUGGAUAUAGAAGCUGCCAUCACCGAGCUGGCAGUGGGCGAAGCG